AUGACUUCCCUUGUACCAACACCUCUUCCUGAAACAUGCGAACCAGACUGGGACAAUGUUCAUGAACGCGUUAAGAGUGGAUUUGUAUCUAUAGGUACAGUGAUCACGAAGGCAAAUGAGUCUACUCUAAACGAGUGUCUUGCGAGAAUAGGAUUCACCAUCAGUGGGAUUCAAGUAUCUACGAUGUGCGUCAUGUGGAUUGCAAUUGACCGGUACAUUGCAAUUACACGUGCUUUGCGAUACACCCAGAUAAUGACGACUAGGAAGGUUGUGUUUGCGAUACUGUGGAUAACCAUUCAAUCAGUUCUGAUAGGAUUCGCACCCCUGAUCGGAUGGAAUACGGCGAAUUAUAACCAAUACUGUUCGUUUUUAUUCGUUGUGUCGCCUGGGUAUGUUGUGCUGAUAUUCAUUAUAGGGGUGGUGCCUAUUUUGAUAGUGUUUGUCAUCUACGUUGGUUUAUACUGCAGUGCAAGGGGCCACAUCAAGCGAAUCGAUGCUUUGGAGCAACUUGGUGUGACCCGGAAGUCAGGUGGCCUCUUUGGCAUUUCCGCCCGGAACUGGAAGUCAGUUAAAACUCUCCUAUUUGUGAUUGGAUGUCUGUUGAUCACGUGGUGUCCUUUCUUGAUAGCAACUGUUGUACAGUUAGUGUCGGGUGACAAGGUUUCUUGUUUCUUGAAGGAAAUUAUUGGAACAUACCUAUUAAUGUUGGGUUUUUCUAAUUCGUUUCUUAAUCCACUAAUCUACGCAGUGGGAACAAAGGAUUUCAGGGAUAACUUCAAAACCACAAUUAAACGGCAGUGUUGUCCAACGUCAUAA